AUGGCUAUCGCAGAAGAUGCAGCGACAGUACUCGAACAGUUCAUACACGACGUUGCGAACCUUCCCGCAGAGAUCACGCAUCUCUACGAAGAAGUCCAAGCCAAGGACAAUCAGAUUCAAGAACUGCGCUCUGCAAUACAACAGCGAGAUGGCAGCAUACAGAAAUUCAUCAAGCUCAAUGGAAGUCUAGUUGAGAAUCCAAAAGAGGCUGGAUAUUCGAAAACCAUCAUGGCAAAUUACGAGAAAGCGCAGAUACUGCAAGAAGAGAAGAUUGGGCUUGUCGAUAAAGCUGCCGCACUUCUCGACCGACAUGUAAAGCGCCUUGAUAUCAAGCUGCGCGACCUGCAGAAUGAUGGCUCAAUACCCACUGACCCCCAGAUGCCCUCGCUGCUCAGGGACUCUCCUGGGAAUUUAGUCCCGCCAGCGUCACAAUCGAAUACGGGGUCCAGCACACCGCUGCUACCCGUGUCUGGUAAUGGGGGCGGCGCUCCAAAUCUUGCCCAGGCAGCUGCCAUCGCGCGACUGACAAAUGCGACGAAUGUGGGCCUCAACUCGAGGACGAACCCAUCACUACAGAACAUGCAAACACAAGCGCUCCUGAACCAACAGCGACUGACCAACGCGCAAAGUGCCAUACAAGCAAAUGCACGACAGGAGCGGGAACUCUCAGCGGGAAGCGACAGCAAGCGUCGCCGGCCGACAGGAAGCAUUGGUCCCCUCCCUGCAGCAUCUUCAAACCUGGGCCGACAAGGGUCCAUAGGGCCCGGGACUCCGAAACCCUCAACACCAGGCUCACGCGCAGGCAGCGUAGGACCACGACCGCAAAAGAAUGCACUCACAGUUAAAAAGGCGAAACCUCAGCAACCGCUGCGCAAGGCGGCCCUUACAGCCAAGUCCGGGGUCAACAAGAAACGGCGCAAGGGUGGAUCCCGAGCAUCGCCGUCGACAACGGCAGACGACGAGAGUGUGGCAAGUGAGGCGGGCACGGAAGACGAGGACAUGUCAGGCAUGGGAGGCGGCGAUGCAGAGGAGGACGAGUCGGAUGACACCAAGUACUGCACAUGCCAGCGCGUCAGCUUCGGCGAUAUGGUAGCGUGCGACAACGACAACUGUCGGUAUCAGUGGUUCCACUGGGAGUGUGUAGGUAUCAAGGAGGAGCCAUUGGGAGACUGGCUUUGUCCAGAGUGCAGGAAUCAGGCGCCUUCAAAGAUCAAGAGAGCACGUUAG